AUGCUGACCAGGUGCAACGAACUGGCGCGGAAGGCCAUCAAGCACUACGGCAUUUUCCUUGACAGCUACCAGCAAGCGGCGGGCUCGGAUGGGAAGACUGCCGAGAAAGUGGAGAAGGACCACACCAGCACGUACCUGAUCGGGAAGCUGAACCGGGCUCGUCUUCGCACAAAGAUGAGAGGGCUCCCGGUGGAUGAUGACAUCGAGGAGCACAGACUGGCACUGCAAGAGUACGAAGAGAUCCUCCAGUACGGUGAUCGCAACCGUGAGGUGGUGGAUGCAGAUGUGAACAUGGCCAUGGAGCUGAAGCUUUGUGCAGAGAUGGUCGGUGGGCCUGCUCCCAACGAAGCUUGCUCGGCUGGCAAAGCGUCGGAACCGCUGAGGUGUCAAAAGGUCGCCGAUGCGGCGCGCAGCUCUCUUGUAAGUCAGCCGCUGGUCUGGCGCCACCGACAUGCGAUUGCCAGCAUGGUGAAUAUCGCGGCCCACGCUUGGCCCCGUGCUUUGCCGUCUCGUCUCCCGGGCUUUGGCAUGCACGGCGGCCCUUUCAGUUUGCGAUCCAGACGUUCACUACGGACAGCCUGGCUGCAGUUUGUCGCCGUCGAUCUCGACCCACCGGCAGUCGUCUCCGUCGAUGGUCACCGUGCUGAUGACACCACAGCCGCACGCGAGCCCGAAAAGGCCGCCCCGGCGCGCGCCAAUAACGAUGGUACACCGCGACACAGUCGGCCUUUGUGCAGGGCCUUCGGCGGUGGCCGUGGCGGUCGGGGCAACGGGGCCUUGCUGAUCGCGACCCGGAGUUUGGCCACACGGCUGGCAGUUCCACGCGUCGCGGAUUCUUUAAGCGCGCCAUCGCAAGAGCGGGUUGCUGCCGGCCCCGUCGCCGAGCUCCCCGGCUAUGCUGCGUUCGCAAGCGGACCCCACGCAGCUUGCGGCCAUACCAGCGAGCCAGCCUUGACCCUGGCCCUUAGAGGAGUUGCGACACCCGGUGCCGACACUGCGGGACACGCCGCCCUUCAUGCGCCGCGGUGCGGCAGGUUUUCAAUGGUUUUCAUGCAAGCGCUCAGCGAGCUCCGCGCGGCCGCCGCAUCUUGCCCCGCAGCCAAGGUCGGUUCGGCUCGAGCGGCGCGGGCCCGGGCCCGGAAACUGUUCCUGCUCGUGCCACGCAUGCUGCUUACGUGGGCGGCGCAACAAAGCUGCUCCUACCAACAUGGCGAAUGGAGCCAGCGCAUCCGCAGUGCUAGGCUGUCCCGGCAGUGUUCUUCGGCCCACAAACCGGAGCUCCCGCCCGACGAGGUUUCCGGGCGUAAGCGAGACCAGGCGCACGCAAAAGUGCGCUUGGGACCAGGCGCGCGCAAAAGUGCGCCUGGCACGGCGGCCACAUGGCGCGUGUUGACCGACCCCGGGCGACCUCUGCAGCCACGCUCACCCAUACCGGCCGAACUUUUGGCGUACGAACCUGAACGCCCGGUCCAGCUUGCAGCCGGAUCAGUGGCCACGGAGCUGCGCAAUUCCACCCCUCAGUCGAAAUCAAACGGCGCCUCUGGACCGUUGCAGCGCUAUUUAUCUGACAUGUGUGCGAACCUCCCUGUUGAUGUUGUGAGUUUGCCUGCGCAAAUUCGUGAAUCGGUCAACUGCCUUCGGUCAUAUGCAAGUGCUGACCUCUCGGGAAACGGCCACGGUUCUCGUCGUUGUGAGGCUGGAUUUCUGGUGAGCCAUGGGGACACUUCUUGGCCUGUCCCGCUUCGUGAUGCCACUUGCGCUCGCUUCCGUUGGAGAUGUGUGGCGCCAGGCGGUGUUGACAGCAUCCCCAUCCUGAUCUGCAGUUUUUAUGCGCCGCAUGUGGGCAUGCCUUUGCUUGAGCGUAUUCAUUUCUGGACACAGUUGCGAGCUUCCAUUCAAGAAGCGCUUCAUUCCCACCCCCGUGCACGCCUGGUUUUGGCUGGCGAUUCGAACGUGUAUCUGUCUGAAGUCAUGGGCUGCGGCCGUGAAAGGUCUGGAGAGUCGCAGCUGCGUGUACUGAUUGCAUCGCGGGAUUUGCCUAUUCGUAACCUGGUUGUGCACGACGGCUCCACUUGUGCAUGUUCACCCAAUGCUUGUUGCCCGGCUUUAGGUAGUGAUCACAGGCUCAUCACUUUUCAGAUCGCGUUGUCGUCCACAGUUGCUGACGAUACUGCCUCUCCCCGCUGGCCGCGUGUUCGCAACUGGUUACCCAUUGUGCAAGCCUUGCGUCCUCGCCUGUUGGCGUGGACAGCUAAAUUGUCAGAACUCCAUCGCGACGCUAACACGUUUUCCUCCGAAGCUAAGCUAGCCGUGCAAUUCUCGAUGUCCUGCAUGGAGAGUUUGUUCACAUGUUUUGGGACGCGGCUCGCCCCCAGGUGGCUCGUGCUUCCCGUCAUCAGCCCCAGGUGGGACGACGAGUGCUAUAAUAUGAUGGUUCGCAGGAAUGCUGCUUGGCGUUCGUGGUGCCGGGAAGGCACGGCUCAAGCGCGUGAUGCAUACAGCUCCAUGCGUCGUGCGUUUCAUUAUUUGGUUCGCAAAAAGAAAGCCUUGUACUGGCAUAGUUGGCUUCAGGCGCAAGAACGUGCCUCAGCAGCGCGUAAUAUUCGUCGGCAGUUUGGGCCCUCUCGGCGCCCGCUAUCUGCUAACAUGCGUUCAUCCUCUCCACAUGGUGGCGCUGUUGAGGGUGCAGCAUGUAUUGAAGCUUGGCGUUGCCAUUUUCGCGACGUGCCUGUCUCCGCGGGCUCCGUUUCUGCAAGCUCGCCUGACCUGGAGACAGAUGUCCGUCGUUUGCGCCGUCAAAUGUAUGCCACUGCCAGUCGCUUCGAUUUCCUUCUUAGUGAGCCUGAACUCCUGCAGGUCUUGCAACAGCUGCCCGCAAACCGUGCCCCUGGCUCGGACGGCCUGACAUACGAACUCUAUCGGAUUGACGACGGUACUAUGCGCAACGCACUCCUUUCUUUCUUUGAACCUGUGCGCUGCAGGGCGGUGGUGCCGUCAGUAUGGCGCUCUGCGGUUGUCAUGCCGCUGCACAAAACUGGCGCUGAAGAUGAGUUCGCCAAUUACCGGCCCAUCAGCCUGCUCUGUUGCGGCCUCGAGGUCUUUGAAAGGUGGGGCGCCGAGGAACAAAUCUAUACCCUCGUCGAAACGCUGCGCCUCCGUGCCCGCAAACGCGCCUUCUGUGCUUUUGUUGAUGUGCGCAAAGCGUUCGAUGUAGCAUGGAGAGAUGCCGUCCGCGUCCAGCUCGCUGCUAUCGGUGUCACAGGCUCCACGUGGCGGGUUUUGGAUGACCUUCUCGGUGCAACCAGUGCGAGAGUACUGGUUAAUGGCACGUUGUCUGAGCCAUGGGAUGAACGGGCCGGCGUCCGCCAAGGCAGCGUGCUUGGCCCCCUUCUGUUUAACAUCCUUUUUGAUGGUAUUUCGGCCGCCGUUCGUGCAGCUUGUCCUGGUGUCGUCAGACAGUACAUCCCAGCGUGGAUGGUUGCCACGGUGAUGGGCAGCACGGUCAUCCAAGAAGGGAUGGUGGCCACACCUAGCCAAUGUCCAUUCCCUGACCGCCGAGGUGGCCAGCGAUGCAAGUUCAGAUGCCGCAACCUGGCGCGCACGCCAACCGACGCGGUCGAGGACUGGGCGUACACAACGAUGCCUCCAACGCUGCAAAACGCGGAGGUUGCUAUCGGGACCCAAGCCAAAUUCAUGAGGCAACGUCACGCCUGCCGAAUUCAAGGCUCGAGAAGCUCCAGCCGCCCAAAAACUUGGCACGCCAACAGCGUAGCGAAAGACCCGAGCAGCAAGACCACGGUGCAUGCCACCAGGGGUGGCCGAAGAAAGGUGACCAAGCAAACUGGCUUGCCCACGCAGGACUUGCACCGCGAAUGGGUCCCAACCGAGUUCGCCCAAAACGGCGGCCUUGGGUGCGCCUGCUGGCCAACACAGCAAGCGCCGAAAACUCGUGUGCAAACCACGGCUUCCUGCCCAGGCAAUGCAUUGGUGGAAUUUGCGGGUGCUUUUAAAGAUCAACCUGUCGGUUUGCUUGUUCCACCUUUUGGAAGCAUGGAAAAUGACACCCAAGUAGCGAUACUCAUGGACGACAGGGACAACGGAGCCCUGAAGCACAAACCGAAAGUCACGAGACCUACAACCGACAGCAAGAACAGCUGUCUUAUCGGGGCCUAUGCCAAAAGAGAAACGCCGCGGCGCACGAGGACCGCGACCCAGAGGGACAGCCUUUUGCGGCUCGUCUUUGCGCCGCAGGAGAUGGGCAACACGCGUUCAUCUACGAUUGCCCGUGUCGCUCUUCGUUGCAAGUGUGAAGCGCUUGGCAUCGACCUCUACCCGGCUGCACCCCCGAAAAGGCAUGGCGGGGGAGGCCCCGGCGUCUGGACGCACACAACCGGCAGCACGUUUUGGCAGCGCAUGCAAAGCCACGGCGGAGUCCAUGCGGCGGCAACAAACGGCCCGCAAGUUGCGUGGCUCCGCGGGCUCCGCAGCGUCCGCAGCGGAAAAGGCCCCUUGCAUUGGGACCGGAGCCCCCCUUGCCCGCGUCACGGGCGGUCCCCACACCCGAGCCCGCUCUCCCGCAAGCCGUCGUCCAGUAUGUUGAUGCUGCGCCUCCGCCGCUCCACCUCAUUGCUGGCACCAACUUUGGGUGUAUUGCUGGAUGCUGCGGGCUUGUUCUCAGAUUCUGCGCGCCGUGCAUGGCGCAUGCAUCCGGUCAUUGGGGAGUGGUGGCAGCGCACCGUUGAGGCACUGCUCGCGCGCCCGUUUCUGCCCGUGCAGGAGCUUUCUCAGGCGGUUGCUCAUGUCGGGCGGGCGUUUGGGCCACCUGUACUCCUCUCUCCUUCACUGCUUCGCUUCCGCGAGUGGGCAGGGCAACGGCAUGCGCAGGUCGCAUCCCCGCUGAUGCCGCUCUCGCUAAUGCUGCUUCUGUGGCCCGAGGCCGGGAACAAACCACACAGCGCAGGGGGUCCAGUCACGGUGGGGCCACUGCCCCGCACCGGGCCCGCACUGAGGAGGCCACGGAGCCUGCACCUGCGCCCCCAGCGGCUGCCCGUGGCCACGGGCAAAACCGAGGCCGUGGGCGCCGAGGAAGCGGUGGGCGUGUGCCGGCCCCCAAUGUUUCGGCUGAGGCCCACACGCAUGCAGCUGGCGAAGCGCUCGAUUCUCCAGUUGGGCCUCCAGCUCCCACGCAAGGGGAGCAACGGGUUGCCGGCAUUGAAGCAGGGGUGCGACGUGGCCUCGCGCAGCUUCAAGAGGUCGACCAUGGUCGACCUCCCCGCGGAGCUUCGCCGUCGGGCGCUCACGCUGCAAGGGGCUCCGCGCAAACUGCGUGGCACGCUGCGCUACGCUCUCCGCACCGGUUUGAGCGCCGCGCUCGACGCAAGGGAACCCGCUGUAGCCGCCAGCGGCUGGAAGCUCUUCUUCCUCGCGCCCCGGAUGCUGCUGCACCGUGCCGCAGGGCAGAAUUCCGUUCCGGCGAGCGAGCUGGAGCAGCGAUGCGCCUACUUCCGACAGGGAGAGUGGCUGCAGCUGCUCCGCGCGGCGACGGGGACCAGACCUGCAGGGCAGACUGGAGCGCCUCCGUACUCUGUAGGACCAGGUAGCCGUGCUCUGCCUGGGCCUGAAGCCGAGGAUUCCCGCGCAGAGGAUGCCACUCUGGCUCGCGUCGCCCUUCCGCGUGUCCGGCGGGCUGCCACGGAGGAGCAGGAGGCCCCCUUGCCCUCCAUACUCGCCGCCGCACAAGCCGCAGCGUAUUUUGCUGGACAGGGCUAUCAAGCCAAAGUGGCUCAAGCCACACGAUCCCCAUUACGUGAGAUGGACGGUGUCGAGAAUCUUGACCCACCGUCAGAUGAAGAUAUGCAUGUGCAAGUGUCUGCCCGCACCAUAGCUGACAUUGUGCGUCAUGAGGUUCAGACAGGAUUGUCCAGCGUGGAUACCAAGCUGACCAGCCUGCAAAAUGAUGUCAGAAGUCGAGUGGAGGGCAUCGAGAAGCAAUUGAAAAAUCAUGCCGGUCGUCUUGAAAAAAUGGAACAAUGGCUGGACUCGAGAAAUCCCACACCGCGUUCUUGCGCAUCAGAUGUAAGUGGUAAAAUUGAACAACAACUCGCAGAUUUGCAGGCGCAAAUUUCGAGUUUGCGUGUGGACUCGAGCUCGGUGUCGCGAGAUACCACUUGUACGAUGGUUGUCGGCGGCUUACAAUCACUGGAUGGGUUGCACGCAGCAACCACGUGGUUGAAUGACACACUUGCAAGGAUGAGUGGGCCGAAACAUGUGGGGACGUACAGCAAAUCCAAGGAGUGGUUGGGCUUGUUGUGGGCCAAGUUUUCCUCUGUCGGUGAAAGGGACAUGGCUGUUGCACUGAUCCGAAGUGCGAACAUGAACAUGGGGUCAGACAAUGUAUGGGCGACUCAGGACUUGCCGGUCCCAAUUCGAGCAAGGAAGCUCUUUCUCAUGGGUUUGAGAUGGCAGUUGAUCCAGUGGGGAUUCGUCAAGCAAGAAAUCAAGAUUGAUGAUGACUUCAACACCAUGCACAUCGGCUCCUUGUUGGUUGUGAGGGUGACCAACAAAGAUGAUUCUUUACAAUGCACAUGGGCGGACACAUGGGCAGAUUGGACAGAAUUUCAAGAAAGCUCCGAGUUACAGGAGCUUCUCGUGCGUUCCGCGCGAACCCUUCAGAAACAAGCCAAGGGCCAGGGCAAGAGCAAGGGCCGACAGGUGUGGCGAUACUUGUGCAUUCAAAACAUGUGGCAGCAGUUCAGCGAGUGCAAACAGUUGAUGACGCAAGCCAGUCGCACGCAAGCAACGCUGGUCACCGUCUGUCGCAGAAAAGCGCAGGACAUUUUCACGCCUGACCGCAUGGAAAUGCAAGAUCCGCAUGUGGGCUCGCAUGAUGUCGUGCCACCAUUCCACCUUCAUGAGCUGAAACAAGCGAUCAAGAACUUGCGGCAUGGCAAGGCCGCAGAUUGCGAUGGGCUGGUGCUGGAGAUGUUUUCGUUUGCAAGUGAUAACCUAUUGACGUGCUUGUUGGGUUUGUACAACAAGGUGCUAUCGACCGGUUAUGUGGAGCAGUCAUGGAAAAAUACCGUUUUUACCAUGCUGCCUAAAGCGGGCGACAAGUCUUUGGUACAGAACUGGCGUCCGAUUGCGGUCCUCAAAAUUACGUACAAAAUUUUUUCCAAGCUACUAUUGGGACGCUUGGCUCCUUUGAUGGAACCCACACUGUCACCAGACCAAAUGGGCUUCCGUCCUUGUACAGGGGUGGAACACGCGUUAGUGGUGCUUGAUUCAAUGCUCGGGAAGUGUGCGGAAUGGGGAUGCGCAUUGUGGUGUGCAAGUCUUGAUUUACGCAAAGCCUUCGAUCGAGUUAAUCACGAGUCACUUUUUGCAGCGUUGGAUGCGGCUGGCAUGCCUGGUGCAUACGUUUCUUUGCUGAGAUCCUUAUACACGUCACAAACGGGCGCUGUCAGAGAUGGUCGGCCAUUUCAUAUACGGCGUGGGGUCAAGCAAGGUGAUGUUCUCAGCCCUCUCCUCUUCAACGUUGCCUUGGAAUAUGCGUUGGAUAAAUGGAAGCAGCGUCUCAGUCAUCAUGGGUGGGAUGUUGGAACUGCAGUGCGAUUGACAAACAUUCGUUUUGCUGACGAUCUUCUGCUGUAUGCGAAGUCUUGUAGUGAACUUACCACAAUGAUCACGUUCUUGAAGCAAGAGCUGUGCAAAAUUGGCUUGGAAUUGAAUGCAGACAAAACCAAGAUAUUCACAACGCUGUCUCUCGAAUUACCAAUGUACAUUGAAGUUGAUGACGAUUUGCUGGAAGUGUUGUUCGAAGGCAAGACGCACAAAUAUCUGGGGCGCUCCCUAUCCGGAAAUGUUACAAAAAGGGCAGCUGUCGAAGUCGCUCACCGUUCACAAGUGGCUUGGGGGAAGUUCAUGAAACACAAGCACGUUCUGCAGAACAAACAUAUUGCAGUUCGUAAUCGGCUGAAGUAUUUCGAUGCUGUGAUUACUCCCACUGUGCUGUUCAGCUUGCACGCGCUGCCUCUGACCCAGAAGCAACUUCAUGACCUCAAUAUCUUGCAAAGGCGUAUGCUACGUUCUAUUGUUGGUUGGCGACGGGUGGAUGGUGAACCAUGGUCUGACACCAUGACGCGCAUGAAUCAACGGGUCGCCUCCGCCCUCCAACAGCACCCUGUCACUGCGUGGGAUCAGCAAUUGCUGUCUAGGCAGUACAACUUUGCGGCAACCGUGACGAGAAGUCAAUGGCCGAGCUUGGUUUGCAAAUGGGACCGUAGCUUGACUCGAACGGGCAAAAGCAAAAAGCAAAAGGGCUAUGCGGUGCCGGCGUGGGAUGCUGCCACCUUCCUUCGCCUCCUUGCUCGUGCGCGGGCGGCGGGCACCCAGGCUGCGUGGGUCCUCCGGUGGAGUGGCGUCAUCUCCAUCGCUGCGCAGAGCGCGCUUGCGGCUACCUUCCUCCAGCUCCCCGCCCCGUCUGAGCCCUGUGCUGCUGGCACACCCCCAGCCUUGCACGAGGUUCUGGCUGACCUCCCAGGCUUCGAGGCCCCUUCGUUUGGCCAGCGUGCCAUCCGCAGAGAGCUCGAUGCCGCCAGCCUGGCCAUGUUGGACCACGCAGCGAGCGUGUUCACAACGUUGAAGCCAAGCAAGGAAGAAGUUCCAAACUUUAUUUGGGCAAUCUUGGGCAUGCCUUCCAGCCUGAUGCCUGAUGCCCGAACCAACAUCCCGGAGGUGGAUGUGAGCCUCUUCGUCGUGGAGGCCGAGGACGAAUGA